CUGAUUCAUUUGUGAAAAUGACGUUGAAUUCUUGGAUGUAUUGGGUGUAUUUGUUGCACAUUGUAAACAUCAUCAGAGGGCAUGAAAACUUAAGUCGAAGAAAUGCGACAUCCGUGUCACAGAGUUCGGACUAUAGAAAUCAAACUGCUAAAUAUGGAAUAGACGGGAUCACAACACAAACGGAAUAUUUCUGUGCCCACACAGCUGUUAACCAAUCGGAGGCUUGGUUUCAAGUUGAUUUAGGAGAACCUUUUAGUCUUAAAACCAUAAGGAUAGUUUACAGAGAUGAAGGUUAUUGGAGGCCAUAUCGCUUUCGAUAUUUUUACCUUGAUUUGUCCAAUUCUUCUGUAAAUGGGUCAACAACCACUGAUAGGAAAAGAUGUUACCAGGACAAUACAACGGUCCCCGAUUUACCUCCAAGCAUAAUCAAUAUAACUUGUCCAUUCGUUGCGAGAUAUGUCAUUGUACAGAAUGAUUAUUUUGGUAAUGACACACAUUCAACAGGACCAAUUCUUGAAAUCUGUGAAAUCGAGAUAUUUGGUUGCAGCAUUAACUGCAAUGGAGAAUGUGAAACGACCGGAUAUUGUGCUGAAUGCAAUACAAAUCUUUGGGGAGAGAACUGUAUUCAAUCCUGUCCUGAUCAUUGCAAUGGAGGCAUAUGUAAUAGAACCACGGGAAGUUGUGAUUUUGGCUGCAGAAAUGGAACGUGGGGUAUUUUUUGUAAUUUGACGUGCAGUACCAAUUGUGCAGAUGAUGUCUGUGAGAUUAAAAAUGGUAGUUGUGUAAAUGGCUGCAAAGGGAAUUUUGAUGGAGAAAAAUGUGAAGUUUGUGAUGCCUUCCAUUAUGGAGAAAAUUGCAAAGAAUCUUGUGGUCAAGGCUGCAUAAAUAACACUUGCUUUGCAAACAAUGGCACGUGUUCAUUAGGGUGUGUCGAAAACUUUGUUUACCCAAAAUGCAAUUCAGAGUAUCAUUUAAUGACCAAGUCACAUGAAGAAACAAAUAAAGCGCCAUAUAUUGGAGUUGGCAUCGGGGUAUUCCUGCUUCUAAUAUUUGUGCUUAUUGGUGCAAUUGCUGUUCACAGAGUCUUCCUCAAGGAGAAGCAUUUAGCUGCAGAGUUGGUAGACUGCAAGAGAAUAAACCCAAAAAUAGAUAUAAAUCAACCUUUCCUUAUGACCAUUCUAGAGUCAAAUUAUCUUUAGAAGAUGGUUUUACGUCUGAUUAUAUAAAUGCAAAUUACAUAGAA